AUGUCUCGCUCCGUGUCUUCGUCACGGGGCUCCGAAUCUCCAAUGGAGCCCGAACGUGCUCAUCGAGCUUGUGAAAAGUGCACUCGCACCAAAAAGAAAUGCGACAAGGCAUUACCUGCAUGCUCCCGUUGUACCAGGCUCACCACCACGUGCUCCUAUGAUUUCAUCUACACGGCACCGACAACCGCCGUCGUAGACCCGGGUUAUCUCCUGGGAUCCAAGGAUACCUUCGGCCCUGGUGUCUUUGACCCGGCCUUUGAUGUAUCCAGCAACAUGAUCAUGUCGCUUCUGUCCUCGCGCAACAUUGCCUGGCGCGAGGCCACUGAGCGUUACUUUCAGACCAUGAACCCCUGGCUCUCUGUCGUCCACCCGGAGCUCUUCGCUUUGCGCGCUGAUGCCAUUGGUUCCGGCUCCGGCUCCGGGGCUGGCCCGAGCUCCGCCGCCGAUGCGGGACCCCGGGACCCGGCCGUCGCCCUCCUCAUUGUCUGCAUGCAGCUCGUCUCUCAGUACGACGACGAGGCUGCUGCUGCCAGUACCAGCGUCAAUGAAGGCAAGGACAUGAUGGAGAUGCCCGCCUACCGUGCCGCAAAGCGUGUCCUCAGUGUCCUGCGUGGCCUUUCUGCUCCUAGCAUUGAGCUUGUCCAGUGCACCAUCCUCCUCGCUCUUUUCGAGUUUGGUCACGGCGACGUGCUGCGAGCCUAUGUCACCAUCGGCGAUGCAAACACCAUGGCUCUUGCCUUGCGCAUCAGCCCCGGAAAAUACAUCGAGGCCGAGCAGGAUGCCCAUGCCAUGGUCAUGCAGCAAUCUCGCUGGGGAGACUUUUAUGAGUGCUUUGCGACUUGUACUUGCCUCCUCCUCUUCCUUUAUUGUCGUCAGCUCCGUGCCGCCAACACCAUGUCCGCCGCCAGCCCCUUCUCUCCCUCUUCAGCUGCAGACGACAUCGCUCCCAAGGCCAUUGCUGGUCUCAACUUCACCAUCCGUAUCAUCGCCGACACUACGACUGAUCUCAACGACCAGCUUGCCCGCCGCCCGCACCUCCUAGGCCCUUGCUCUCCUGUCACCCCUUACUCAGCUUUCCACUGCCUCAUGGUCCUCAGCCACUUUGAGCAUCUCAUCCCGGAGGCUGACACUAGGUUCCACAACAUCUAUUCGUCGUUGCAUUUCUUUGCCAAGAGAUGGGGCGUUGCAGGACAACUUGUCAGCAAGGUCGAACUGUUCCUGGCAGAAGCCGAUGGCGCUCAGUGGUGUUUCCUGAAUGAGUGA